AUGCUGGGCAUGCUGUCCCGAACCGGUGCCCGGUGUGACCUCCGCGCUGGCAUCCCGAGCAGUGAGGACGGCUACGACGAGCCGGACAUUGUCGACAACGACGGCGACGGCGACGGCGACGGCUCUAGCAAUGAGGACGGAUGUGCCAGCAGCAACCGCGUUCAGCGCGCGGGCGGCAUGUGGAUCGACGAGGCACGCCGGGCGUUUAGCUCGAGCGCGAGCGCGAGCGCGGGUGGGCCAGGAACGGCCGGCGGGCGGGCAUCUGCGCCGCCGCUCAUCCGGAUCACCCAGCAGAACCUGCCUGUGCUGCUGCAGUCACCCGAGGCUGCGGGCAAGCUUGUGGUGAUCGCGGUGCUGGGCGGGACGCCGGUGUGCGCGCAGCUCGUGCAGGCGAUGGAGGCGACGCCGCUGCGCGGUGCUGCCGGCGACUCGCUGGUGGUGGGCGUGUUGGAUUCGGUGGCGGACGCGCAGCUGGCUGCGUCGAUGCGGGUGCCGGCGGUGCCGUCGCUACUGGCGGUUCACAACGGUGGGGUGGUCCAUUGGCAGGCCGAGAACCUGGACGGCGAGAGCGCCAUCGACGACUUUCUCACGGCGGCCUUUGCAGCUGCUGGCAUGCCGGCGCCGGCUUCCGGCAGCUCAAGCACGGGCCAACCCAGCGACUCGCUGCUGCAGCUGUACACCGGUGAGGCGGCCAAGCCGCUGCCGACCAAGGUCGGCGAUCUGCUUCAGCUAGGCAAGAAGGUGAUGGCCGAGCUAGAGGAGAUGCCUAAGACCGAGGCAAAGGCGAGUGAGGCCGCCGAGGCGCUCGAGAGUCUGGCCAAGGCUGCGGUGGAGAAGCUAGUGCAGACGCCAAAGCCGAUCAAGCCAGAGACCAAUGAGGACGAGCCGCUUAACCAGCAGCGGACCAAGGCUGCACAGCACCGCGAGCAGCUUGCCAUCCACGAAGAGAGCUCCGCGCAGGCGCUGAUUGUCCUGGCCAAGGUUGCGCUCACGCGUGGCAAGCUGGAGGAGGCUACCGAGUUUGUCAAGGCCGCCGAGGCUUCUGGCCGGCAGCAUCUCGACGCGGAGCCGUGGCUCUCGCAGACCCGGGCCAUGGUCCAGCUCCAGGCCCAGUGUGCCGAGUCGAAGAUCUCGGAUGACGCGCAUAAGGUGCUGGAGACUGCCGCUGCCGACGGCAGCAUCGACGAGGAGGGGCUCAAGACGCUUGCGCUCUCGCACGCCUCGCGCGGCGAUCUCGAACCUGCUGUCGACGCUGCGCUUGCGCUCAUCCGCAAGGACCGCAACUUUGACGACGCCGUCGGCAAGCGCAUCAUCGAGACUGUUGUCCGUGCCAUCGGUCAGAGCUCUGCUCUUGCCAAGAAGACCCGGCGUCGUUUCCGUAACGUGUGCUCGGGUGCAGGCAAGGCGGGUACCGCGGCGUACGACGUGGUGGUGGCUGGCGGCGGGCUGAUCGGGUCGGCGCUGGCGGCGCUGGUGGCAGGGGUGGCCCGACCAUCAGGCCAGCGGCUGCGUGUGGCGCUGGUUGAGGCUCGUCCGGAGGCUGCCUUCCGCAAGGCUGCGGAUGCUGCUGCAGAGACCGUUCCGCAAUCGCCUGUCCGAGUCCUCGCCGUCUCGCCGGCCUCGGCUGACGUCCUCGCUCGCGCCGGCGCCUGGCACGGCACGGCUGUUGCCGCUGCGGCGCGCCCGUAUCUGGGCAUGCGGGUGUGGGACGCGGUCGGCGGCGGAGCUGUGAGCUUCAACGCUUCCGAUGCCAACGCGCCGGCGCUCGGCUACAUCGUGCCCAACGCCACCGUCGAGGCUGCGCUGUACGACGCCCUGCUCACUGCGGGCGACGUCGACGUCCUCACUGGCGUCCGCAUCGACGACAUUGAGAAGCGGGUGAAUGGCGUGCGCGUUGCACUCGACUCGGGCGUAGAGCUGGAAACGGCGCUGCUUGUCGGCUCGGACGGCCCGGGCACCGCCGUCGGCAAGGCUGCUGGCAUCGAGCGCUUCUCGCUCGCCUACGACCAGUCCGGUGUCAUCGCCGACGUCGCCCUCGACACGCCGACCGAGACUGCGUGGCAGGUCUUUCUUCCCGACGGACCUCUGGCGCUUCUGCCGACCUCGCCGGGCCGGGCGUCGCUCGUGUGGUCGAUGUCGCCGGCCGCCGCCAAAGAGCGGGUCUCGCUCUCACCUGAGGCGCUGGCUGCGCAAAUCCACUCGGCGCUGCACGCCCAGCCGGCGCAGGGCGGGGCGGCAUCGCUCAUGGGUGCGCUCGGCUCGGUGGUCCAGAGCUCGCCGCUGGGCCACUACGUCGCCAACGUUGUUGCGCCCGACGGCGGUGCGACGACCGGUGGCGCCCCAGCUGUUCCGCCGGGCGUUGUUGCUGUCGCCGAGGGCUCGGUAGCGUCAUGGCCGCUCUCGUUUGGCCUCGCGAACAGCUACUACGGGCCGCGGAUGGUGCUUGUGGGCGACGCGGCGCACACAGUGCACCCGCUCGCCGGCCAGGGUGCCAACCUCGGGUUCGGCGAUGUGAGCGCGCUGACAAAGGCCAUUGCCGACGCGGUCGCCGAGGGCGCGGACAUCGGUGACACCCGGGUGCUUGCCAAGUACGAGCGCAAGCGCAAGGGGCUCAACACGCUCCUCGCAUCAUCGUUUGACGUCCUCAAGCGCCUCUUUGCCGACGACACAACUGGCGUCAUCGCCGCGCGCUCGGCCGGAAUGGCGGCAUUUAACAUGGUGCCGGCGCUCAAGGCUCAGGCUAUGGCCUUUGCCAUGGGCCGGUACGACGAGCUGGACCUCAGCGGCGUCGCCCGUGCCUUCCCGGCCACUGUCCGCUCCAAGAUGGCGCAGGCCUCGGAAGUCUUUGCCUCGUUUGGCACGGCGUGGGAGAAGGCCUCGUUGUCGUCGAAGCAAUAAACUCAGAGCGAGA